CGGACUAAAAGAUUUAAAAAUUUACAAAAAGCUUUUUUUCUUUUCUUUUUUUUCUCCCAUUGAUGCACCGAGUCACGCACCAAAUAUCAAUCUGUAGAGAGGAAUUGCACAGCUGCAGACUUGCCUCUGCAGGCACCGCGGAGGUGAUUUGCUAUUGGAUAAUCACAUCAUGAGCUAAGAACCAAUCACACACUGUAUCCAAGAAGAAUGGACCCACUGAGAUUAAGUCAAGGUUUCUGAAUGCAGGAUGCAUGACUGCUGAGGACAGGAAAUGGGGAGAGGAAGCCCGACUGCUGGAUGUUCGUCUCCAUGGAUACACCACAACAGGCCACUAAGGAGGCAGAGAUUUUGCAGGACUGAAGGAGCUGUAUUUUUGAAUGUAAUGUCGGACACAUAACUGGAAUUGUCAGAAUCUCAAUUUCUAAAUGUUUUUUUGAUCCUGAAUGAAGAGGUGAGCCAUGUGUGACGCAUACAGAGUUUCCUCUUCUGUUAAAGUGGAGCAGAUGGAGGCAGAGUUGCGGCAUCAACUCUCAUCACUCAGGGCGGAAAUUGAAGAGAAUGGAUUUCCCCGGAGAGCAGUGCCCUCCAAAUCCUACAGUUCUGUUCCACCUCCAAAAGAUAUUUCUUUCUUCCGUUUGGAGAGGGAGCAGACACUAAGAAGAGGACUUCAGGUGGCUGAAACUUUACCUGUUCAGUCUCAGUCUGACGUCAUGCAGAGAGAGCUGGAGAGUUGCUUGAGUUUGGAGUACACAUCUGAUAGUCUUCCUCCUCUGCUGCACCAGUUCUACGUGGACAGAUCAUAUUACUUGGCUCAAGUGAAAUAUCUGCUCAUGCUGAGAUGGAGGAGAUUUUGCCACCACACCAGCGUCAUCGAGAAGCUUUAUCCUCAUUACAAGGAUCAGAUGUCACGAUUGACGAGUGAAUACGAGGAUGCUGUUCAGAGAGCUCGCAGACUGUCGGCAAGCAGAGAGAAGAUCCUGACCGGCAGAGGAAACCCCGACGGCCUGCUGACUCAGGAUGAUGUGGUCAUUUUCCUGCGGUGGCUGAUCUGCCACCUGCACUCUGUUAAAAACAUUCACCAAUUUCUGAGGGUGCUGCACUAUAUGCCAGCUUGUGAAAGGAAAAGCAAAGAAUCCCAGCCAACCAUCACAGAGGGUCUUAAGGAGACGUUACAUCAGACUCAACUUGCUGACGGAGUGUCAGUACCAGUUUACGAUGUUCCCCUGCACACUGGUCAAAUGGAAGAGUUUCUACCUGAGCUUCAGUCCUUGAUCAACUACUUCCACCUGUCAUACGACGCUGGAAAAAUCAAGACCACUGCAGACGAGAUGGAGUUAUUCAGCGUGGUGUGGAGGGAGUUCAGAAUGAUCUUCAGACAACAAGAGCAGAUGAAAACGUUUCCUCAGUACGAUGGUACAGAUGUCAAAGAGAGCCAGUGGGGGAGGAAGAGUGCGAGUAUGGCUCUGAAGAAGGAGGCCAGCUGGAUCCCCUUCAUUCAGGUGAAGCCUAAACGGGAUCCUUGUCAGCAGAAGCUCGUCACAAAGCUGAAGGAGAAGAAGAGUGUUGAUGAGUUGCUGAAGAUGCAGAGCAGGUUUCUUCAGGUUCCUGAUUUGCUCCAUGUGGCUGCGACUCUUAAAGAAGAUGCUGCUCAUGUUGGCGACUUACAAUCUGCACCGACCUCAUCUGUCUCACACAGCAGUAAAACAAAACAGCAAAAGAUCUCCGAGAUCUGGACGAGGAUUUACAACCCUGCCAGUCUCACUCAGGAAACACACAAUCACUCAUCAAGAGACAGAGACAGAGGAGGACGGGAUAGAAAGAGUUUGAAGGGUCAAACCUCAGGCACAACAAAUGAAAGCUACUCUUUGGAGGACAGUCUGCAGCUCCUCGGUCUCAAUGAUGGUCCAGAGGAAGGAACGUCAGAUCCCAUCAUAACCAGAGGAGCUUACCUGUCCCUGAUUUACCUGCGUCAUCUUAAGCUCAGACAGCUCCAGCGUUCCUGUCUUGGGAUGCUAAACUACCUGCGCUCUGUGGAGAGGACUUUAACCUUUGACCUGGCAGGUCUGCAGCUGGAGGAAGGAGAACUGUGCAGCACAGCAGAGGAAACAGGCCGGAUGAAUGCAGCUAGAGGAGGAAGAGGGGAAGCAGGAGGUCUCGGCUCACUGCAAUACAGCCACAACACUCCUGUUGACUAUAAGGUCCAUUGCUCAGAGUUCAUGGAGUUUGCUGAGGUGGAGAAUCUUCAUGAUUUCUACAGAACAGAGGAGCGUUUCAUCCACACUCAGGACCAGAGAGGGUUUUACAUCGUGUACGACGCCGCGCUGAGGGACCUGGAGGAGCUGGAGAACGAGCUUCUUCUAGUCGGCUCACAUUUCAUCCAGAGAAACAAAACGAAGCAAACAGGAACAGCUGAGAGAGCCUCCACCUCGACAGCAGACAUCCGCUUCUGGGCCGGGACCGAUGUUGAUCGUGUUGCAGUGCUUCUCGACUUGUGGACAUGUGAGACUGAGUUUUUGGAGAGCAAAAUACAGCUCUUGAACUGUUACUAUGAGGCCUAUCAGCAUACAGCAGGGACUGAGGAGAGGUUUGCGUUGGCUGGAGUUAUCACUGACAUCAUGCACAGUCGGCCACACCUGGACCUGGACCAGGAUUAUUUUGUUCAGGUCUACAGGGCCGAAAUUGGCUGUCUGCAAAUCCACCAGCAGCUGAUCAAAGACGUUCUGGACAAUCAGAUUGAAAAACAGCGUCAGUACCUUCAACGCAUCUGGAGAAACGACAGCAAAGACUCCGUUCAUGACUACGGCCUUCCACCAAACUACGUUCCCAAACAUCUGGUCUCACUUGGUGGCAGCAGCCCUGAACUGAUUAAUGUGUUCCUUCUGGAGGUUCACCCGUCCCUCUGCCUGGCCUCUGCAGUCUAUCACGGUUUAGUCCAGGCUCACAUCGAGCUCUGCGAGCUGCACCGAGCCACCGGCGUCACUGACAAACUCAUCCUGCGACAGAAGCUCUUGCAGCUGGCCCUGCAGAGCUGGAACAGCCUGGCUUCACCUGGAGCCUCCUACAGCUCUCAAAUACAGAAAGAUCUGUUCUCAGAUGUAUUCUUUGAGGACCCGAUUUUGGUCCAGAAGGUGGGGCUGUCAUUAGUAAGAUCUGCUGAGGAGAAGGACAUGAAGCAGGGAAGAGAGAAACAAUCAUACGCUGUGGAAACUUUCUCCAAGCUGCUGGAGCUCGUAACCAUCCGCCAUCGUCUGCUGGAGUCAGCCUCGGAGACUGCACAUCUGGCACAGUUGUACAGAAAUGUAGCUUCAGAUCUCGGCUUUGAUGAGUUCCACCUUUACAUGCGGCCGGAGCAGUUUGAGGUCGCUGAGCAGAAAGACCGAACAGAGCAGAGGCCUGUUUUCAUCACUGCGGUACUGGAGGAUGACAGCUCCAUAGACAGGUUCACCCCGUCCCACCUGCCUCUGAGCAUCCAGGAACUGGACGAGAACCAGAUCGGGAGGUUUAGCUUCAGCUCAGAGGAGGCAGUUGUUCAUCUUAUGAACAAACAGGGCAUAGAGAACCUUCAGGUGACUCUGGCCUGUCAGGUUACACAGAAGAAUGCCUUGAUAAGUGCUGUGAAACUGGCUUGUCUUUGCUAUUGGGCAAAAGAGGGUGAAGACAGCCUUCAUUCUGAUGAACAUAUAACAACAAGAUUUGAAUCUAAACCAGGAAGCGACACUGACAACCUGCAGGACAAAUCUUCACUCUCAAAAAGCUCCACGAGAACUCCCACCUCAUCCAAGGAGAGGCUGAUGGAGGCCUUUGUGUCCAUCCAGCUGGAAAAAGUGGGUCUGCGUGACGAGAUGCUGAAUUCAUUUAUGAAGACGAAACAGGCCAUGGGGGGUCUCAUAAAAACCCCAGAUGAAGCAGCAAAGAUCAAAAGGAGGCUCAUAAUCGACUUUCUCAAGAAAUUCAGCACACAGAUAUCUCAGCAUUGUGUGAGAGCGCAGAUUGUUGCGUAUCACUACAGUCUAACCUCCCUUUUGGACGGCAUUCCCUCCAUUCGUCAGUCCCACUUCAUGAGUCGUCAAGUCAGCGAGACGAAAGUUAUUUUGGAUUCAGGAGUUGAUCUUCGUCCAGACCCCAGGACCUUUAAACGUCGGCCGCAGCGGUUGUUGUCAGCAGACGGCAAAACUCUCCUCAACCUGUGGUACAUCCCCGACUUCUCUGAAGUGCUUCACAUGUUCAAAACACUGGAGGUUCUGGCCUGUUCUGCAGCUCUCUAUCACACUCUGCAGAUAGUUUCUGCCCUUCAUGACAUUAUUUAUUACCUGGUCAGUUUCUCCAGACUGGGAAACACAGAUGACACUUGUAGCUGGAGGAAGAGAGAACAGGAGGCUGCAGGUUCACAUCUGGCAGCUGACUGGGGAGGAAGUGAAGGCAUCGGAGCAGAGCUGCUGGAGAUCCAACGUCAGGUUGACCGUCUGUCGGAUCCCAGCAGCCCAGAGUCUGUCAGCCGUCUGCUGCAGCUGCGCAGGCAGGUCGUCUUCCUGCAGUUUGAUGCUGCUGUGAGGCACCUGAUCAGAGAGGCGUUCAUCUCCUCUGGUGAUAUCGCUUCUUAUCAGACUGUGAGUGACAACAUGGCCGCUGCCCUCCCUCUGCUGAGCGACAGCAUCCAGACUGACGUGUUCAGUCUCACGCUGCCUGUUCCUCGACCUCUAGAGACUAAAGGCUGUCAGGCACAGACGAUGUUUCCAUGGAGAAGUUUUAUAACGUGUAAUGGUUUGCUCCCGCUGCGUGUCUGGGACGUCCCACCCAUCGAACACUGCAUGCAGCUGUGUCUGAGUGGUCUGAGUGAUCGCAGCAGACUGCAGGCCAAUGCAGCAAUCCUCGGUGUGUCCCUGCUCAUGGAGGACGUCCUGAACAGCGGAAGAGAGGCAGAGCCUGUCGGUCUCCAUGGCAACAGAGAUGACCUUCCACAUGAUGGAAAACCUAAUGAGGGGGCUAAAAGCUGCUUACAAGCUGAGGAAGAAGAGAAGAGGACUUCUGUUUCAGACUCUUCUGCUCCUCUUCAGGAUCCGAUCCGAGUCCAGUCUGUGCUGAGAGGUUUCCUCCUGCUGAUGAAGCAGCUUCAGGUCUUCAAGGAGAGCUGGGCUCGAAGACGUCUGGGUGUUGAGAUGUUCAGUACGGCCGGUCUGUACCAACAGUUUGUGAAAAUCUACAGAGCUGAAAUCUUUUACCCCAGUAUGAGAGCUCUGGCUCAACAACUGGGUAAAGAACACGACUAUGAGGUCUUAAUUUCUGGCAGCCAGUCUCUCCUGCCCCCUCCUGGAGCUUCAGAGGUGGAUGUGAAAGUCUGGCAGCUUCACAGACUGCUGGAGAGCACUGAAUGUGACAUGAUCAGAGCGGUGCAGAGGAGGAUCAGCAGAGAGCUGACCCUGGUUGUUUCAGAGCGAACACGUCAAGACACAGGCCUCCCCACAGAGCUGUGGAAAAAAUCCGCAGUGAAGUACAGUCUGUCUCCUGAGCGGCCACAGAUCGUGGAAUCGUUUAUCCAGCAGCUGAUGGAAAGAGCUGAAGAGACUGAGGGACAGCUGAGGGUCUCUGUGGAUCAUCUCCAGCAGUGUCUGACUCACCUCGGCUGUUCUGUGACGGAGCGAGAGCGCGGCAGCUUCCUGCUUUACUCGCAGUUUUAUGAACAAAUCCUGCAGCAGCAGACUCAGCUUCUCUACCAGAGAGAACAGGAUUUAAAGAAUCGUAAAGACUCUCAGGCAAGCAACCCUCACAAAGAGGUGGCUGUUUUAUGUCGUGGGAUGAUUUCGGAGAUCUCAGCGCUGCAGGCUCGAGUCGCUCACCUGGAAGAAGAGAAGAGAUCUCUAGAGCAGAAACUCAGUCUCAAAUUCAAAGAACGUUACGACCCUUUGGUCCGACAACUCUUCUCCACCUGCAUCCAGCUAAAGGCCGGGCUUGAUGAGUACCGGCGGCGGAUGGAGCAGGACGUGAGUGUGAUGGUGAACAGCAUAAGAAGAGAAGGAGUGGACAAAAUUAUCAAGCUCAGGAAGAAGAAGCACGGCAGCACCAAAGACAACGAUGAUCUUAAACUCACACAGUUAAAGAAAGAAGAAGUCCAGGAGUUGAACCUGGAGAACAGCCGGCUGACUGCUCUGCUCUGUAAACUGAAGGCUCUGAGCCGCUGGAGGCAGGCGGUCGACGAGGGGAAACUUCACCGACAGCUGCUCCAAACUCAGCAGAGGGAGAUCUCCAGUCGCAUUGAGGCCCUCAGAGUGAAGAUGACAUCAGAGGAGGAGGUGGUUUACCUGCAGGACGAGCUGGACGCCGCCCGCCACGUGUUGACCUGCUGUCAGACGGAGUGCAGCAGCGCCAAGAAGCUGCUCAGCAGAAAGACAGAGGAGCUCCAGGUGGUCAGGCAUCGGUCUGCGCAGGAGGCCCGGAGCAGGCGGGAGCUGGACAGCUAUCGAGUGCAGAGCCUGGAACAAAUGAGAGCCGACGUGGAGGACAGAGAGAGACGGCUCAGAGCGCUCAGCGGGCAGCUGGACAGAGGCAGCAAGAUGAGCCAGUUACAGAGACAACGCAGCGCCAAAGAGAUCCGAAAGGUGAAGGGAAAGCUGCAACAGGAGCGCUGCCUCAAACAAGAGGCCUUUCAGCAAGUGGAUAAGCUGCAGAACCAGGUGAGCGACAUGGAAGCAGCUUUCUCCAGGUGCACCUCUACAGCAGGGCAAAGCCGGACUUAUUACACGCUGUCGGUCAGCAGAUUGAGCACUAGAAGUCCCUCAGCAGGUGCUGUACCGACCGCAGAGUCGCACUCUUCCCUUCAUCUCAGAGCAGUCUACAAAGGGCCAGUCAGCAGCAGUCCGCCCUGCAGCUCGGCAGCCUCACAAACCAUGCCAAGAUUCAGGACUUUGCUGCAGAGCCAAGACACCGCAAAGCAGAAACAGCCGGGAGCCGUUCUAACACGAGGAUGGACAGACCCAAAGCUGAUCCGUCUCGCCUGCGUGUUCUGACUGCUGAGACGACGUUGCCAGACCUGUGAGACGCAGCCCCGGCGCCGUGCUCGUCAGUUAAUUAACCCUCAACAUUUUGUAAAGCACCACUAGCUUGUUUAGCUGCUGGCAAUGUGCUGUUGAAUCCUUAAUAAUUCUACUCUGUGUUUUACAGCAGCGUGUGAAUAAAGUUAUGCUAUUUCCAAAGCCAAGACAUUAACUUGUGAGAGAGUUUUGCUAUGUUUUUUUUUUUUUUAUAAAACAAGGUAUUUUAUUGUCCAAUGCAUUCACAUACCAUCUUACAACAUCAUCUACCACUGUCAUACACUGUACAUGUGUGCCCUCCCUUUAAAACUCAGUGUAGCUCUGUUACACUGCUUUGGUCCAUAUUUCUUUUGUUCAUGUAAAAUUGAGUGAAUUAUAUUCUUAUUUCUAUCCAUUAAAAAUGAAAAGUUGUAAAUAAGUCUUAAUAAAACACUGUAACCUGUCA